UCUUGGAGAACCACGCAGAUAAGGAUCCCCAGAACACACGGCCGUUAAGCGGCCACAAGCACCGGUAACUACCACAACUCCAGGUUAACAUACACGAGCUCCUCUGCAAGGCGCGUGGGAUCGGCAGAGUAGCAGCCUGUCGCUCUGCUUCACACCAUGGCGUCUGCAGGCGACGUGUUCGACCAUGGACGCCAUGGCACCAGCCUUACCAAGGUCGCGCAGGCCACGAGGUGCUGUCCGACCAGUCCCGUCGACGCGCAGUCUCCUCCGAAGCCGCUGCUGGUGGCCGCCCCGUGCGACGCAGGGGAGUACCCGGUGCUGCUCUUCCUGCACGGCUACCUCUGCAACAACUACUUCUACUCCCAGCUGCUCCAGCAUGUCGCCUCCCAUGGCUUCAUCGUCGUCGGUCCUCAGCUGUACACGGUAUCCGGGCCCGAUACCACCGGCGAGAUAAACUCGGCGGCCGCCGUCAUCGACUGGCUCGCUGUCGGCCUUUCUUCCAAGCUCCCACCCGGUGUUCGACCGAACCUAACUGCGGUGUCCAUCUCCGGCCACAGCCGGGGCGGCAAGGUGGCCUUCGCGCUCGCGCUGGGCCACGCCAAGACCACCCUGCCUCUCGCGGCCCUCAUCGCCGUCGACCCCGUGGACGGCACCGGCAUGGGCGACCAGACGCCCCCGCCGAUCCUGGUCUACAAGCCGAACGCGCUGCGCGUCCCGGCGCCGGUCAUGGUCAUCGGCACGGGCCUCGGCGAGCUGCCCCGCAACGCCCUGUUCCCGCCGUGCGCGCCUCUGGGCGUGAGCCACGCGGAGUUCUACGACGAGUGCUCGGCGCCGGCGUGCCACCUGGUGGCGAGGGACUACGGGCACACCGACAUGAUGGACGACGUGACGACGGGCGCCAAGGGGCUGGCCACGCGCGCCCUGUGCAAGAGCGGCGGGGCCAGGGCGCCCAUGAGGCGGUUCGUCGCCGGCGGCAUGGUGGCGUUCCUCAACAAGUGGGUGGAGGGGAAGCCCGAGUGGUUGGAUGCCAUGAGGGAGCGAACGGAUGUCACGCCUGUGGUGCUGUCCGUGGUGGAGUUCCGUGAUGAGUAGCCAGGAUACUGAUGCCUUGUCAGUCCUCAUUAGAGUUUCAAUCGAUAGCGGUUACUCAUAGCUCCUGUGCGACACAUUUGAGGUGAAUUAGCAAGGGUGCGACGUUGUUCGAGCGAAUGGCUGUGAUGCGAUAAUUUUGACCAGGUAAAUAGCCCACGCACAACAUGGCUGUUAAACUCAAAUGAUGCCCUCGUUAGCUGUUGGGGGCUGGACCCACCACUUAUUCACGUAAGCGCGGGACCCACCACUUGUCUACUCGUGGGACCCACCUCCUUGCAGCUAGAA